AUGCCGACCUCGCACGGCUCGCAAUGGAAGUCGCCGCCACUGCCGCUUGGCGACCGCUUCCCGUCGCUCGAUAGGCCAGCCGACGACACGCGCCUUGCGCCUGAGUUGCCGCGAGUAUUUGUGUACGAGAACCUCUCAGUGAAGCUCUUCCCUGAGCCGGCGCAGAGUUCGCCAAAGAUGGAGUUUGCAGCUGUCUGCAAAAACAUUCAAGCGGUCAACCAGUUCGGCGGGGCAGAGCUCAUACACCAUCGCUUGCUGAGCACGUCAUAUCGCGCGCGGUCCCCGGCCAAGGCCGACCUCUACUUUGUGCCUAUGAUGCUCAGAAGUAUGCGCACACUCGGCAAUGUUAAGGCCAGCUGCGCAAGGCUGCGGGACGUGGACGUCGCUGGCCAUUUACCGCACUUCAACCGGCACACGGCUCAUCGACACUUCUUCUUCUUCUCCCGCGAGCACUGGGCAUGUCAGGGCUGUUGUGCGGGCUGGUGGUCCUAUCCCCGAGGCCUGCUCGCGCGCUCUCUGAGGGUGGCGUACUCGGAGGUGUUCCCUCUCGAGUGGCGCGAUGGGUGCUGCGAGAACAGGUACAUGAAGCAAGACCCUCCGUACCAUGGCGGCGUGAGGGUGUACCCAAACCUGCGCUCCGUCCCCUUCUUCCCGGCCGUGCCUCAAGCGGGUAAGCUGCCGCCUUGGACGUCGCAUGAGGGACGUGCGGACAUACUGAUGCUGUUCGUGGGCAACGCCGGCCGUGGCUAUCACGGCGACGCCCAAGUGCGCGGUCGCAUCGCACAGCAGUGUGCUGCGUACGAUGACGACGCCGUUUGCACGCACAUCAGGCCAAAGAGCCCUCGCUUUCGCAAAGAGAAGAUUGCGUUGCGAGACGCGAUUGAGCUGAAGAAGAGGGCAGUCUUCUGCUUGGAGCCAGCGGGCGACACACCGUUCCGCAAGAGCUUUGCGGAGUCAAUCGUCUCCGGUUGCAUACCUGUCCUCUUCCACCCCUUCCAGGACUACGGCUUUGGCUGGCUGUGGGAUGGCUGGCGCGAAGAGUCGCGUGUGCUCAUCAACAGGACAGCAUUUGUUGCUGGCGAAGUCGACCUGCUCGCGCACUUGAAGCGCUUGCCGACCGAGUCCGUCUCGCGCAUGCAGCGCACCAUCGAGCGGCGGGGUCGCCAAUUUUCUGUUAGCUGCGACGCCGACGACCGCAGCGACUACUUUGGGCUCAUGCUGCGUGGACUAUCGGCACAAGCUGAUCGGUCUGAGUCGGGGAUGUUAACAAAAGGAAGUAGAUCGUGA